AUGGUCUCGGACUUCUUCUACCCGAAUGUAGGUGGCGUUGAAGGCCAUGUCUACUUUCUCGGAGGUCGACUGCUGUCGAUGGGCCACAAGGUGAUUGUGAUCACGCAUGCUUACGCGCCCGAUCGUGUGGGAGUACGCUACCUAAGCAACGGUCUCAAAGUAUAUCAUGUGCCGUACCAAGUGAUCGCUCGGCAGGACACGCUUCCGAACUUCUUCUCGCUGUUCCCAACGCUGCGAUCGAUUCUGAUCCGGGAACAGAUCCAGAUCGUACAUGGACACCAAGCACUAUCGUCAAUGGCGCACGAAGGUAUCCUCCAUGCCCGCACCAUGGGACUGCGAACCGUCUUCACAGACCACAGCCUGUUCGGCUUCUCAGAUACAGCUUCAAUCCUGACCAACAAGCUGCUACGAUUUGCGCUGAGCGACAUUGAUGCGGUUGUGUGCGUCUCACAUACAGGCAAGGAGAACACAACACUUCGUGCCAAUCUCGACCCCAAGAAAGUCUCGGUGAUCCCAAAUGCGGUGGUUGCGAAUCAGUUUUUGCCGGAUCCAAGUCGGGUUGAGCAAGGUAGGCUCACGGUAGUGGUGCUAAGCCGGUUGAUGUACCGAAAGGGUAUCGACUUGCUCAUUGCGGCUAUACCGAGACUCUGCGCGGCGCACCGAGACCUUUACUUUCUCAUUGGCGGCGAUGGUCCGAAACGGGUGGAACUAGAGCAGAUGCGAGAGAGAUACCUCUUGCAAGACCGAGUCGAACUCUGCGGCGCUGUGCGUCAAGGCGAAGUUCGCGAUCAUCUGACGCGAGGAUCCAUCUUCCUCAAUACCUCUCUGACGGAAGCUUUUGGUACUUGCAUCAUUGAAGCUGCAUGCGCAGGUCUUUUUGUCGUGUCAACCCGAGUUGGAGGUGUUCCUGAAGUUCUGCCGCCAUCAAUGAUUCGACUCGCAAAGCCGGAGGAAGACGACGUCGUCCGAGCCAUGGACGAUGCUAUCGCCUACGUUCGAGCUGGCAAGCAUGAUCCACUUGCCUAUCACAAUGCCACCAAGAAGAUGUACUCGUGGACCGAUGUAGCGAAUCGGCUCGAACGAGUGUACCAGCAGGCGAUGGAAAAUGACUUUCCUCGCCCGUCCGAGCGUCUAGCGCGAUACUAUGCAGGAGGCUUGAUCGCUGGCAAGAUCUUUGUGAUCAUUGUGGCAGUAGACAUGCUCUUCCUCAAGCUUCUCGAAUGGUGGCUUCCCGAUCGCAACAUUGAUCGUUGCCCUGCUUACCGUCCAGAGCAUCUUGGCAACGCCAAAGAGAAGCAGUCCGACCUAAACUUCGAUUCAUCGGCUCGGGACUUGCCUACAGAGGAAGCAAACGACUUCACAGAACUGCUCUCCUGUUGA